ACAGGUAGACACUAUAGAGAAGAGAAGCUCCAGAGUGAGGAAGGCGAUUUUGGCGAGCAAGAUGUUUCUGCGUUACUCCCUUUGUUUGAUCUUCUUCUCUCUCAUUCUACUCCAAGGCUUUGCCAAGAAGACGGGAGACGUUUCAGAGUUGCAGAUCGGGGUCAAGUAUAAGCCAAAAACGUGUGAAAUUAAGGCUCACAAAGGUGAUAGGAUCAAGGUGCACUACAGGGGGAAACUUACUGAUGGAACUGUAUUCGAUUCAAGCUUUGAAAGGGGUGACCCGUUCGAGUUUGAAUUAGGAAGUGGUCAGGUUAUCAAAGGUUGGGAUCAAGGUUUGCUAGGUGCGUGUGUAGGAGAGAAGAGGAAGUUAAAGAUACCUGCAAAACUUGGAUAUGGGGAACAAGGCUCUCCGCCCACCAUCCCCGGUGGUGCAACGCUGAUAUUUGACACAGAGCUUAUUGCGGUAAAUGAAAAACCAACGGGUGGAGAAGAAGACGGAUAUGAAGAUGACGAGCUAUGAUGAUUCGACUUUCCAUUAUCCAACGCUUUUCUCUAGAUGAAACGAAGUAAACGGUCUAUGGGGCGUUUGUUUGUUUUAAUGUUUGGAUACUUUAGCUUCGCUUUAUAAAGUAAAGACUGCGAAGGAUUGUUGUGGCGACAUUUAACAUUUUCCUUGUACUACGUUGUCGUUUUGGCUCUGCUUUUGGAGUUGUUUUUUUUUUUUUUUUUUGUCAACCUGCUUUUGGAGUUGUUAACAAAUGAAACUUCGCCAAA